AUGAACGCCUCCAAUAGCGAAAUUGAUUAUUCCACGGACGAUACCCCCUCGAGCACGGGGUCCGACGACAGUUGGGUUGACUUCGGCUGCGGCGAUCUAGACGACGACGACGACGACGACGACGACGACGACGACGACGACGACGACGACAACAACAACGACAACGACAACGGCGACAACGACGAGAACAACGACAACGGCGACGAUGACUCCGAUCACGUACACACUCACACCACCUACAUCAAGAUCAAAUCCAAAAGUGGCGCAUCCAGCCGGGUGAAGCCGCCCACCGUCUCUGUCAAACAUCGUUCGUCUCGCUCAAGAGCAAAGCACCGCGAUUCUACCACUGACCACCGCGACUUCAUUGUCUGCUUCAUGAUGAUGUUGGUCAUUCUGGCACUGAUGUUACCUGAGCGAACAUUCAUUUUCUGCGAACUGGACGCGAAGAACAAAGGUAUGGAAGGAAAGGAGAUUAAAUGA